AUCGUGUGUGUGUGUGUGUGUGUGUGUGUGUGUGUGUGUGUGUGUGUGUGUGUGUGUGUGUGUGUGUGUGUGUGUGUGUGUGUGUGUCAGAUCCAUCCCAGUCAGCUAUAUAUAGCGGCUAACAGAGUUUGCAACUUGAUCCAAAUUUUCUUUGAGGGCUACAGACUCAAAUCUGCUUAUAUGUAGACCUUUUAGGUUUAAUAUUGGGAAAUAUUCUGUUAGACUUGCAACCUAUUAAUUUGGGAAUGCGGUGGGAAUAAGUAGAAUGCUCAAAUAUCAAUUUUAAUAAAUUGUGGUUGAUGGUAAGUGUGCUCAUUGAAUGAACUGGAAAAAAUGGAGGUGUACCAAGGAAAUUGGGGUUGAGUCGUUAAACCGACAGUUAAUUUUGAUUUGACAUUUGAUUUUGAGAAUAGAUUUGAAUAUUGGAACAUACAGUGAAGCGUCAAAAUAAUGACCAUAAGAUAUAAAAACUAAACGAGCCUAAACAUGAAAUAAUUUGGUAUCAAACUGAUCCUUAAUAUUGCUGCCUUAAUAGUGCACAAUAUAAAUCAGCUGCUCUUCAGGUGGAAACCGUUGGCAAUUGCAAUUGGCAUUAUAAAUAUUUGUAUGAAUAAUUACAUUUUCUAUUUGUUAAAAUUGUUCCUUUGACUUUAUCUGGCCAAACCGCAUUUGUAUAGGUCUUGAGGGUUACAUGACCCAUGUUCAAAUAUGGGUUCUCACAUUAGAUGGUAUUUUAAGUAAUGUGGGUGGCAUAAUAGGUAAGUGUUUUGAAGUUCAGGUGGUGUUGGUGACGUCAGUGGUCAGUAAAUGUCAAUGGAGUGGUUUGCUCAGCCAUGACUAAUUUAGCAACACCAAUGCAAGGUCGUCUUCUUUUCCAUCUGCCUGGUUGGAUCUCUGGUACCAACUAGUGCUGUUUGAUGCGAGACCGUGUCACUCACCGCACCUUUGACACAGACGAUUAGAAAAACCAGAGUAACCGCUAAAGGAAACUGCAUUCAGCCAUUUUAUUCCCUCAGCUAGCACACUGACACUGCUAGGAGAAGCCCAUGAAAACAUUGAGAUUUUUAUUUUUAUGAAUUUGAAUGAGAAUUAUAAGCAGUGUCUCUACCUGAAAGUCUCUGAAUGAGUUGUGACAUAUGGCGGUCGACUCCGAUGCAAGCAGAGCCCCAAGGUGGUGAACAGCUCGGCAAAUAUGUGUCUUAUCUGGCCAGGUGAUCUGAGAGCAGAGGGGUGAGUUACAGGGAGCUCCGCGAAGGCGAGCUAUGAAAGAAUAAUGUGAUAUUGAGAUCUUUUCCACCGUCGGGCUGGAUGAGACCGUUCAGUGUGUUGCCACAAACUCCCAGCGCGAACCGUAGUUCCUCUUGAACUGUCGGCCUCGCGCUCUUGGCCUCUGCCGUGUUCUCCCGGGAAUGAGAAGUUUUUAAAGAUGUCACAGGGAGGGGAAAUGGAAAUUACCUCACAAAAUAAAAAUUUGUGAGGUGGUUUCUUUGUAAACCAACCAAAAUAUAAAUUCCGAAUGAGAUUCAACAGCGUCGGUGGGAUAUCCUCUCGGUACUACACCUAUCAAUUAUCAAAUCCUGAACGAUAAAUACACACCAAUCGUUAAUUCAGUCCCAACCCAAAAACCCUGUUUUACAUGAAAAUGUAUUAUUCUUCUUGGAACUAUGAAUUCCAUUGGACUCCAUAGAUAAAGAAGUAUUCUGAUCUCAGUCAGAUUAUUGAGACACAUUGAUGUGUAUCUUCUUCUAGCCACUAUUACUAUUUCGGACAAUAUCUUUUGCAUCAUAAUUUGCAUGAUUUGCUUUGGGGCAAGGAUUGGGUUCUAAAGUUCUGCCUGAACUUUGACAGGAUGUCGCAGAACUGGCUCACCAGAGAUGAGCACAACCACAAUAGAUAAAUUAACAUAACCUGAAGUGUUGCAUCUUUUUUCCCCAAUCAACUCUGAUUCAGUUAUGCAGAUUUGGGUUACUUGGGUUUUUAGCAGAAAAGCUAUUUAGCAGUGAUAAUGUGGGGAGUACUGAGGUUAAAAUCAGAAAUUACCCUGGCAACAUCAAAUGGCAAGAGACAAACUGCUUGUUCCUUGCUGCGGAUGACUCCAAUAUCUGAAUCAAAUUUAGACAUAAACCCAUUGUUUUCCCCCUUGUAAUCGAAGUGACCUAACCUGCUUAACUAUUUACCAAAGCAUCAAAUGCUUUUAUCUAACCUGCAAAACUGAAGGCUUAAAGCAGUGCUUGAAACCACCGUUUCAGUAGAGGUGUGGAUAAGUCCAUCCUAAAUGCCAUCAUACCAAAAUACCUUAUGCUCCUCACUCCCAUCUACGCGAGUGGACGUGUUCCCGCGAGAAUUGGCCUUUGAAUUUUUCAAAGGCGCUGCAGAUAAUCAGACAUUAGAGUCUUAACGUGUGUACCCCUGCAGGUUGCCAAUCACCUGGUGUGAACCAACGACCCGACAGCCAGACAAGACUGAUUGUCAAGACCAGUCUUGUUUACUGCCGAAGUCGGCCAUGACUUUUCAAGUGGUCAAGUGUGCAGGAGCUAUCCGUCCCUCUGCUCCGGAAUUGCCUCCCAAAUGCGCCUAGAAAGGGCAACUCUUACUGUAACGUACCAUUCACAUACAGAUCCAUACACCUUUCCCAUAUGAACUGCAGUCGUCAUAAUGGAAGUAUUGGUGCAUGUGGGGCGCCAUUAUGUUGGCAUUUAUGCUCAUUUUAAGGCCAAACUUUAUAUUUCCCACAAUAUGUGUUGAUUUAGUUACAGUUGGUUUAUCCAUGCAUUUGACCUCCUAUGCUCUUUUUUUUUUUUUUUUUUUUUUUUGUAUUACUUAACAUUCAUCUCUGAUCCAUAUUCAUGGUUUCCUAUUUUGUUACGGAAAUAUUCUUCCCAAGAUGAGCUCAUUCACUAGUGCAAGAUUGGUUGUCUAAUUUGAAUAAAUAUAUUUCUUCAGGGGCCAGUCCAAUGCAUGGGUGCGGUUUAAAACCGUUCAAGACACUUUGCCUAAGAACGUUGGUGACCGGCUUAGAUGAUUUGCCUCGUUUUCCCAUCUGCUACGGCCGGUAAAGUGUAGUUUACGAGGGCUUGCCGAGUUUGCCUGCGUUAGUUACACUAGUUAUCAGUCCUCUUCUGAAGCCGAGAUUAAUGGUCGGUCAUAUUACGCAUGUUGUGGCACCUUCCAGUCAGCCUGAUUUCAGUUGCGAGGCUCAUUCGUUGUAGCGACUGUAAAUCCCUGCCCCCAGCGACAUGAUUGGUCAAAAUAAAUUUGAGGUUAAAAAAGGUUUUGAGCUUGUCUACCAUCAGACUUCAGAUGUUAAUCUAACGUCCGAUUUGUGAGACUACUUCACCAUUGACUGACAUGGGAAACUUUGCUCAUUAAUGCGACAAGUUAUUUCGUCUACCCCUGGCUGUAAGCUGUCAUUCCCAUAAACGAUAUGCAAUUCAUCACAAUCCUUAAGACUCUUUCUUUCUCCACCAACGGAAACCGGUUAAACAACAUUUUCCCGCCAUAAACACAUUCCGUCAACUGUCACAACCUUGGAAACAACAUUCAUCCAAUGGCCACACAUAAGCAGACCUGAUACUUUCCAUUUUGUGUGGCACUGUGUGUGUGUGUGUGUGUGUGUGUGUGUGUGUGUGUGUGUGUGUGUGUGUGUGUGUGUGUGUGUGUGUGUGUGUGUGUGUGUGUACGUAUGUACGGACAGACCUAUAUUAUCUGGUGGAAGUUUGACUCGGCUCCUUUUUAGUGUUGUUUGGUUAUUUAACGCGCCGUCCAGGCUGGUGUUUGCUAAACACAAGUGUGUGCUAGAGAGUACAGGCAGUCUCUUCUCUCGCUGCCAGUCAGGGGUGUGUGAGCGCCGAGCGUUAAACAGAAUGCCCUCUGUCCCUCCCGCCUACAUAGGUUUUUUGUAUUUCUUCCAGCUCUGUGUCGUACGGCCCCCCUUCUGUCUGCAGCUCGGUCUUUUUCGCAUUGCUCCAGUUGGCGCACUUCCCAGAAUGUGUCAGAAAGGAUACGACCCUCGACCUUUGACCCGCUGUACGGAAUGAGCCUAGUGCUUCCUCCCGGUCCGCGGUGGGCCCAUUUACUGAUGCGACCAUGAAACGUAGGCCACACGCCCUUCAUUUCUCCCGCGAGCCCACUCUGAUUGGUGGAUAUUGCCUCAACCCGCCUACUUUGAUCGUACACACAAACUAUAAGAGUUUUCUCUCCAACAUUCUCGUCGAAUGAUGAGUUAUUGCAAAGAGGGCAUGAAAUAUUGUAUGGCGUACAUAGUAAAAGACUAGGCCUAACCCAUUGUUAUACUUCGUACCAAAUGUUCACAUUAUGCUGUCUCUUCAGUUCUCACCAGUUUAAAUUGAGAUCUUGUUACCAGUUCUGGGUGUUACCAGAUGAACUAGGUUUGUUAACAAAUAAGGGCUGUACCAGUUCAACCACAAUGAAUUAUCCCAGAGUUCUCUCUAGUUUGUUGAGCAGACCACUUGUUGCAACUUACCAGUUUGGCUUAUUAACGGUUUGGCUUAUUAACGGUUUCACAAGAUAGCUUAGGAUUAGUUCAUCAUCAUAUUACCUUUGCGUGUUUGCCGCACGUUCAUGGGGCCAUGUCGUUUAUCUGUGUCGACUAAAGCAAGAUCUGUAUUGAAAGCUUUUGAAGGAUGGGUUCGUGAAUUGGACAUAGCGUUGAGAGACAGGAAAUGUGUAAAUAUUGCUUUAGCGUCUGCAUUAUUCUACUAUUCCAGCUUCUCUCGGUAUAAACAGCAUUGCCAAGCCUAUAUUUACCUAGCUCCAUGGCAUGUUUUGUUGCCGCAGCAACCUGCCCCCCCUCCCCGCCUCAUGCCCCCCCGCCCCUCCAAUGAGGUGAUUCCUUGGCUGUCACCUGUGGGCUGUCCCACAAUGCACAGCAAUUUAACCUCGGCUUGUAGUCGUUCAGCACAGGAGCUGCUGGCACGGAGCACCCAGGAAAGGCUGAAGUUAUGCAAAUCACCUCUGGAAAAACACAUCACUGAUGGGGCGCGUCUUUUCUUCAAGGAACCAAAACUAGGAGGGCAGCCCCCUGCUGAGAACUCAUCUAAUGCUGAACAAUAUUUUCUUGUUAUCCUUCCUGCCUGAUGCAUCACCACGACAACAGGCUGCAGGAAAACACACUGCAUGCUGGGAGAGAAGAACAAAGGUCAGCGUGUGGCCAAUGAGGAUCCCUGUAGACCAGCAUGGCCUGCUCUCAGUUCACCCUCUGGGGGAGAUGAGUUUUGCUCGCAAGCGAGUCCAGAGCCACUCAGGCGCAGCCUAACCACCAGCCAAUCAGAUGCAUCCGGACAAUAAACUGGCCAAUCAUGGCAAGCAAGUGACCGGUGACAGCCGAUCCCAACUAGCCAAUGUGAAUCAGCAGAGUCAGCAGAAGGCGGGAGCUGUGGCCCACUGUCAGAGUCCAAAGGGGGUGGGCGUCGGGGGCCAUGCAGUCAAGACCAAUCAGAUGGCUCCGGCGAACCCUGGGCUGAAGGCCGCCAGCCAAUCGGCGAGCGGCGUGGGAGCGAUGCUGAAAACCAAAUCGAAGCGGGAGAGGAGCGUCUCCGUGGACUCCGUGGAGCCCAGAGAUGCCCUCGCCUCAGCUCUGGAGGCAGAGGCCAAAGCAGAGGGUGUGAUGCGUAGCAAGCGGCGCUGCGUGCUGGAGAGGAAGCAGCCGUACAGCGGGGAUGAGUGGUGCUCCGGCCCCGACACGGAGGAGGACGAGGACAAGCCCCGCGCCGCCGCCCCCCCCCACCGGGAUCGAGGGGGUCCUGGUCCCGGAUCUCUCCAGGGCCUCGUUGGGCGUCCCUCUGGGGGCUCGGGGUCAGACCCCGGGGGGGCGGGGCUCCGGCGUGGGGGGGCAACAGGGCCCAAAGCGGAGCCUUCCCUGCCCUCCUCCCAGCAGGUUGUGUACGUCUUCACGACCAACCUGGCCAACAGUGCUGCCGAAGCAGUACUGAACGGCCACUCUGGUUCCAUCCUUCAGUUUCACCAGCAACAAGUUCCACGCAGCAAGCUCGAACAGGGCCUCAACGCGGGGAAGAUCCCCAGCCUCCCGGAGAAGAUGAGUUCCAGUGGCUCCCCGCCAACGGGAACGCCGAAACCCCAGGGCGGGACCCCCGGCUCUGGCUCGGCCGGAGGGGUCGGGGGCCCCCUGGCUGCGGGAGGGCCGUCGUCGGCGGGACAUUCCGACAAUGAGUCCCCUCACAGCAGGACGGGCGGCCCCGGGCCCUGCAAUAACCUCCGCCUCGCCAGCCACAAGGCCCCGGGAGGCGGCGGCGGUACCCCCGCCGGCCCGGCCCUGGGGCCCGGCGCCGGGGAGGGUCCUGGAGGGAUGGCCCACCCCAACGCCGGGGUCUCUCCGUCAGACAGCCCCUCGGCCGUGGCGGCCCACCUCCAGGGGGACCCGGGGGGGCUGGAGGGGCCGGGCGGCGGCGGCGUGGACGGCCUCUCCAAGGAGCAGCGGGAGCACCGGGAGCGCUCCCUCCAGACACUCCGGGACAUCGAGCGGCUCCUGCUGCGUACCGGGGCCCCCCCCGGAGGGCCCCCCAACCCAGGGGGCCCCAACGGCAAUCCGAACAACAACAACAACAGCAGCAGCCCCUCCAGCAACAACAACAACAACAACAACAACCUCCCCGACGGCGGCGCGGCCGAGGACGGGGACGGCGGUACGAACAGCGGCGGGAGCAACGCCCCCGCGGCCCCCAUGGGGGGGCCCAAGAAGUACGAGGAGCCGCUGCAGUCCAUCAUCUCCCAGACCCAGUCCCUGGGCGGCCCCGGCAUGGAGGGGCCCCCCAUGGACCCCCAGCAUCACGGCAUGCCCCAGCACCCCCACCCCCACCCCCACCACCCCCACCACCACCACCUGUUCUCCCCGGGCCUGGACAUGGGCUCCAUGAUGGGGCCCGACGGCCUGACCCCGGAGCAGAUGGCCUGGAGGAAGCUCCAGGAGGAGUACUACCAGGAGAAGCGCCGGCAGCAGGAGAUGCAGCCGCCGCACGCGCACGCGCAGCACUUCCGGAUGAUGUCGGAGCACGUGGGCAUGCACGGCGGCGGCGGCGGCGGCGGUGGUCCAGGCGGCGGCGGCCCCAUGGUGAUGAGGGGCCCCCCGCCUCCCUACCACAGCAAGGCCGACGACCAGCCCUGGGGCCCGGGCGGCAUGAUGGCCGGGCCGAUGGGAGGGAACGGGCGCCUGAUGGAAAUGCACCCCGACGACCCCCGCGGGCCCCGCUUCCUGGGGCAGAUGCAGCGAGGGGGGCCCCCGCACGGCGGCGGGGGUGGGGGGUUCCCCGGUAGCCCCGGGUCGGGUCUGCCGAUGGAGGGCAUGGGGCCUCAGAGACCCCCGCGCGCCGGGGUGGUGUGGCUCGACGACAUGCCCAACAACAUGGGGGGCGGGGGCGGCGGGCCGCCUUUCCAAGGGGGCUGCUAUCCCGGCGGACCGCCUCAGCACCUCCAGGGCGACGGCGAUCGCAUCCUGACCCGCGAAGAGAUGUUCCGCAUCAUGGAGAAGCGGCAGCUGCAUGAGCUCCACCGGCUGGAGGUGGAGCGCCUGGCCAAGCAGCAGCAGCAGCAGCAGCAGAUACAGCAGGGCGGCCUGGGCCAGAGGAUGGUGGACCACCCGGGGGGACCGGCCGGCUUCCCCGGCAUGGGGAUGGGUCGCUGUGCGCCGUCCCGCGGGGACCCCAUGGACUUCCCCGGCUCCCGGGAGAUCCUGGGCUCCCCCGGAGGAGGAGGAAGAGGAGGAGGAGGAGGAGGAGGGGGGCCGCCCCAGAUGAGAGACUUGGUGGACUCCCCGAUGGGGAGCAACCUGAACUUGAGCAUGAGCGCCCAGAUGAGCGCUCAACAGGAGCAGCAGCAGCAGCAGCAGCAGCAGAUGAUGCUGGCCCAGAAGCUGUGUGGCCGUCCGGGAGGGGCGGGGCCUUUAGGGGAGAUGCUGAGCCCUGAAGCCAUCUCCAGAAUAUGGGCAGCGCAGAACGGACGGCCGGUAAAGAGAGGAAUGGGGCCCGGUCCCGACGGCGGGCUCCAUUUCCCCAACCAAGGGCCCUUUUCUGGCGGGCAGAUGGAAGGGCCGUACCUCCAGCAGCCCGGUCCGGAGAUGUUUGGACCAGAGCAGCAGGGACCCUCCCAGAUGGGAGGCACGCCCCGGCUCAGUCACAUGACCAUGGCCGGUGGCAUCCGAGGCCCCGGGCCGGGUUCUCGCCGCCCGUCCGACCUGUCGAUCAACGUGAACCCGAUGGGCUCCCCCUCCAUGCCUCCACCACAUCAGCUCAAGUCGCCGUCCCUCAGCCAGGAACCCUCCCCACUCCUGCCUUCGCCCUCAGCGCCCGGGCUCAAGUCCCCCUCUCAGAUGUCCUCGGCGGGGCCUAACCCUCCUCUUCCACCGGCCUCGGGGGCCGGAACGCCCUCCUCUGCUUCCAUGAAGUCCCCCCAGCUGAUGGGCUCUUCCUCCCUGAAUAUGCGAUCGCCGUCCGCCUCCCCUGGACACCUGAAGUCCCCGGCCCUGCAUGGGGGCUCCCCAGGAUGGGCCUCCCCCAAAACAGCUCUUCCAAGCCCGGGCAGGCCGGCCAGUGGCAAGGGGCUGGGCAACGGAGGGGGCAGCUCCACUGAGACGGGACCGUCCCUCCCUCCCAGGAGCUCCAACUCCACGCCGGGGAGCCAGCCAGGCUCGCUGAACCCCAGCAUGCCGUUCAACUCCUCCUCCUCCCCCGACGCCCCCCCCCCAACCCAGAACCCCCUGUCCCUCAUCAUGAACCAGAUGUCCAAGUACGCCAUGCCCAGCACCACGCCGCUCUACCACGACGCCAUCAAGACCAUCGCCACGUCCGACGACGAGAUGAUGCCUGAGCACCCUUCUCUGUCCGGCGUCAGCAUUGGAGGGAACAUGGGGAACCCACAGGGGAACCAGAUGCUGGUGUCCCAGGGCGCCAUGGGACCCAACGGGGAGCCCCAGAGUCCCAUGGGCAUGAUGCUCCACGGCCAGACACAGAUGUCCCACGACGGGCCCCGCUCCAUGCUGUCCUCCCCCAAUCCCAUGGCCAUGGCCGGGAUGAACCCCGGCAUGAUGGGCCCUGGCCAGGGCGACGGCAUGGGACACUGCAACAUGUCCCCCAUCCCUCAGAACCAGAUGGCCGGCUUCACCCGAAUGCAGCUGCAGCAGCAGCAGCAGCAGCAGCAGCAGCAGCAGCAGUCCCACGGACCCAUGCACUCUCCCCUCGGGGGACUGUCGCACCACUACCCCCAGCCCGGGGACGACGUCAUGCCCUCGCAGCAGCAGCAGCAGCAGCAGCAGCAGCAGCAGCAGCAGCAGCAGCAGAUGCUGCGGGAGCAGAUGCUGUUGAGCAAGGGCCACCCCCACCACCGCCACCCGCACCCCUCCCACCCAGACUUCUCCUCCAUGGGAGACGGGCCGGACCUGAGCGAGGUCAUGCGCACUUCGCACACGGGGAUCCCCGAGUUCGACCUGUCGCGCAUCAUUCCUUCCGACAAGCCCAGCAGCACCCUGCAGUACUUCCCCGCCAAGAGACCCCCGCAGAACCCCCACCAGGGCCAGGGCCCCGGCCAGCACCCGGGUCCCCCGCCUCAGCUCCUCAAGCAGCUGUCCUCCGGGGGCCCCCAGCAGGGCGGCCCCAUGUCCUCCAACCCCCACCUGGCCCACCUGCAGAACAUGAUGGCUGAGCACCAGCUGCCCACUCACACCGCACAGGGGGGCAUGCGCCAGGGCAUGGGCAUGCCUCCAGGCGCUUCCAGGGGCCUGGGGCCCGGCGGUGGAGGCAUGGGUCCCGGGGGAGUGAUGGGACCUAUGGGCCCCAUGUGCCCUCCAGGACACAUGAUGGGGAGGACAGGUAUGAUGCCCCAGCAACAUCUCCAACAACAACAACAACAACAACAACAGCAGCAGCAUCACCACCACCACCACCACCACCACCACCAGCAGCAGCAGCAGGCCAUGAUGGCCAGCCUCCACCAGGCCUCCCAGCCCCACCCAGGCAUGAUGUCACCCCAGCAACACCCGCACAAUCUCAUGGCUCAGCAGAACCUCAUGAUGAUGCAGGCCAGGGGCUCCCAGGGGCCUCUCAUGUCCCCCCAGGGCCCCAUGAUGGGCCCUCCGCACCGGGGCAUGUCUCUUGAGGGCCCCCUCGGGCCUGGAGGGAUACCCAACAUGCCAUUCUAGUCCAGCUCGCUGAUAACCGACAACCACAAAAAAAGAAAGAAAACAAAAAGAAACAAGAAAGCUUAUUUCCAUCAUGUUGUUCCUGCGUUACGUCAAUAAUGUUUUCAUUCAUGUUAUUUCUGCAAUUAUUUAAAAAAAAGAAUUGUAAAAAAAAAAUGGAUCACUGAUAACCUUCGACUUUUGGAGUUCCAGCUGAUAAAAAAAAAAAGGAAUAUUGAAAAGCACCGUCACAUGGUUAAGACAUAUGAACCUGUUUUCUAAAAUACUGUAAUAUGUGUAUAUUGCACUAAUGUGUGUAUUUGUUGUGGGGAAACAUUGCGGUUGAGGGGAGUAGUGCCUCACAUUUCUAUUUGUUUUCCUAUUGAUUAUUUUCUUCAACUAUAAACUGUUGUGCAAAGGAAAAAAAAUAAUAUAAUAUAUAGUUGCUGUACAUAAAAAUGCAAUUUGUGAUUGUUUGCCAUCGUUGUGUAUAACUGUUUUAAUAGAAGUCUACAAAAUAAUAAUACUGUUCAGUUGAUCCCAUCGCGUUAGUCUCCGUUUAUUGUCUGACGUGUGUUGCAUUGAUAAAACCGAAGAGGAGACGUGGUUGAAAUAUACAAUUAAACUUUAUUUGUUAACUUGAAGGUAUCUGUAAGAGGACAUUCUGGUAAAACGUUGUACAUUAUUAAACGACAUCUAAGUGCAAUUACAAAAGCUGUGCGGAUUCUCAGUA